AUGCCUUUUGACUUCAAGGCCUACGACCAGAAAUGCCAGGGCUUGACGCUCGAGGAGCUACAGCGGGAAUGGGAGCACUAUACCCGCCUUAUCUCGGGCGCUGCCACGUCGACUGCAGUGUCGGGAUGCGCUAUUCCCCUCACGCUAGGUGUUUCGACGAUUGGAGUCGCGAUGGCAGCACCGGCGAUACACAACGCACGAAAGAAACGCGAGAUCAUUGAACGACAUCUCAACCGACUUAACGCGACGCAUAAAACACGAAAGCGCGAUGUACUUGGAAGUAUGGCCGUCAGCGGAACGAUUGGCGUAGUCACCCUCGGAGUCGGAAGCAUGGGCGCUGAUGCCGUUGCAACUGCUGGUGCAGAACACGGCAUUCAGUCGAUUGUAGCGAACGAGACGGCUAUCAAGCUCGUGUCGCAUGCUGCGCUCGAUGGUGCGGGGAUGAUGGUUGAGCAUAAGCAUACGGAUCAUUUGAAGAAGAAGGAUGCGCGAAAGGCGUUUCAAAAGGCUGGUGUUUUUCAGGCUGUUCAGGAUGCUAAGGCUGCUGAGGCGGGGUAUACUAUUCAGCCGUAUCAGAGCAAUGGGCAGGUUUAUGCUGCUGGGAGUUCGUCGCAGGCACUUCCACUGCCGCCGCCGCCGUAUAAUGUUGCUGUUGGUCAGACACCUGUACCGCAAAGCUACAACACUACGCUGAAUGGGUAUCCUCAGGACUUCAAAGCUCCAGCCCAACACCAAGUCCAGCAAAGCCAGACUUACUUGACGCCGCAUGUCACUGGACAACAGCCUAUACAACAGCAGUAUGAUUACUCACAGCAACAAGUCCCGACAUAUGGUGCACCAUCACCUAUGCCUCCAGCGAGCACGCAGAUGUUCUCACCACCGCAAACACCAGCCGUGCAGUACCCUCCUCAGACUACACAUGCACCAAACAUGCAGCCAGCACAGCCGCAGCCUCUCUACCAACAGCAGACAGGAGCUCCGCCCUAUAACCCUGCUGUGACACCGCAGCCUUUCAACAUGGUUGCCAUGCAUCAGGCUCUUCCUCCUGCUACACCAGCGCCAUCUACUCCUUAUCAACAGCCGCAGGUUCAACAGGUUCCGAAUAUGGUGUUGCCUACACUUCCGCAGGAUAACCCUCAUGGAUAUAUGCCUCAACAAGUACAGCCGCAGCCAACUGGACAAAUUGUUGGUGCACCCCAAGCGGGAUACUCCCCACCUACCCCAGCAACAACAGCUGGAUAUCCACCUGCUGUCACAGUUUCGCACCAGCCAACACCGCAGCCUGCUUCUGUAGCUCAGGUCCCACCGCCUGCUGAUACAGCCAAUGGUUACCAGACUCCAGUGCAACAUGUUGCACCGGCUGUCCAACCGCAGUAUCAGCAGCAGCCCGGCUAUCCAACGCCCCAGCACACUGGCACUUACCAGCAAAGUCCAGCGCCUGCACCCGUAGACCGAAGAAGCUCAUUCAUAGCCCCGCACCAACCAGCAUACGCUCCGCAUGCACCAUACAAUCCUCAAGAUUGGGCUCCCAAACCUCAACAAGCUUAUGCUCCUCAGGCUCCCAGCAUGGCCAGUCCAGCUGCACCAGCGAUGCAGUACCAGAUGCCGCCGACUCCUCUCCCAACUGGCUCAACAGUGAAUCAGUACCAGUACGACAACAAAGGUUCAUAUUUCCCAGCCCAGCCUCAAACCCCUCAGGUGACAGGGCAAGCCCCGCAACAAUAUCCACCAGGGAAUUAUGCCGGGGCCCCGAUGCACAAUCCUGUACAGGUGACGCAAUAG